AAGGGGAAGGGGCCUCGCCGUAGUAGACAUGGCGAGUAUUUUCGGGUGAAUGAUGCUGCUGAUUGGAAUACAAAGUACGAUUAUUGAGUUGUGUGCGUAGUUUAUUCCGUGUACGAAACACUGCGGCUUGAUGUGAUAUCAUAUAAAGUUUAGUUAAAAAUGCAGAAUGUUGCACAAGGAUCCUCUUCUGAUGGUCAGAAAGUGGAAAAAGUGAGCAUCCUAGACCUGGGGAAAUCGUCGACACCCCAUUCUUCCAACUCGAGUCCUACCAAAUCUGAAACGGAUACAUUUUCGGAACAUCAACCAAGAUCUAUGAGUGAUUCAUCGGAUAGCGAAGAGGACGAAGUCUCCGAGGUGGAGUCGUUCGUUAUUGGCCAGGAGUUGGAUGAUGAGGUGCAGUUGGAGGCCUCUAAAAAGUUCCUAUUUGCAUCUGAUGAGUCUGAACACGCUGUUGAUCCUGUAACACAAGCAAGACUAGAAGCUCUCCUAGAAGCUGCUGGUAUCGGCAAGCUUUCGAGUGGGGAUGGAAAGCACCUGUCUGAUCCAGAAGUCUUGAGACGAUUAACAUCAAGUGUGUCUUGUGCCUUGGAUGAAGCAGCAGCAGCUCUUACAAGAAUGAGGAACGAAAAUCAGAGACCCCAACAGGAGACGAGGUCACUAGUUGAAGCCUGCAGUGAUGGUGAUGUGGGGACUGUGAAAAAGCUACUCACUGAAGGCAGAAGUGUCCAUGAAACCACAGAGGAAGGAGAAAGCCUUCUUUCUUUAGCGUGUUCUGCAGGCUACUAUGAAUUGGCUCAAGUGCUUUUAGCCAUGAAUGCCAAUGUAGAAGACCGCGGAAUCAAGGGAGACUGCACGCCUCUGAUGGAAGCAGCCUCUGCUGGACAUGUUGACAUUGUCAAGCUUCUCAUCAAUCAUGGUGCAGAUGUCAAUGCUCAGUCCUCAUCUGGCAACACACCUCUCAUGUAUGGUUGUGCUGGUGGGUAUAGUGAGGUUGUGAAAGUCAUGCUUGAGGCUGGGGCAAAUGUAGAAGAUCACAACGAGAAUGGACAUACUCCCUUGAUGGAAGCUGCAAGUGCAGGAAAAGUAGCUGUGGCCAAAGUACUCUUGGAUCAUGGAGCUGGUAUCAAUACUCAUUCCAACGAGUUCAAGGAAUCAGCGCUCACUUUGGCGUGCUACAAAGGUCAUCUUGAUAUGGUGCGGUUUCUCCUUGAGGAAGGUGCUGACCAGGAGCACAAGACCGAUGAGAUGCACACUGCACUUAUGGAGGCCUCCAUGGAUGGUCAUGUUGAAGUAGCCAAACUCCUCCUCGAUUCUGGCGCGCAAGUGAAUAUGCCAACAGACAGCUUUGAGUCUCCUCUGACCUUAGCUGCUUGUGGUGGCCAUGUAGAUCUGGCCAUGUUGCUGAUUGAGAGAGGAGCCAACAUUGAAGAAGUUAAUGAUGAAGGUUAUACACCACUCAUGGAGGCCGCGCGCGAGGGCCACGAAGAGAUGGUGGCUCUGCUUUUAAGUCAGGGUGCCAACAUCAACGCACAGACAGAGGAAACUCAAGAAACAGCCCUCACUCUAGCAUGCUGCGGUGGCUUUUUAGAAGUUGCAGACUUCCUCUUAAAGGCUGGUGCUGACCUUGAACUUGGAUCAUCAACACCUUUGAUGGAGGCAGCACAGGAAGGUCAUUUGGAGCUUGUCAAAUAUUUGUUGGAUCAGAAUGCAAAUGUGACAGCACAAACUCAAACAGGUGACACUGCCUUGACGUAUGCCUGUGAAAACGGUCAUACUGAUGUAGCUGAUCUGCUUCUGCAGUAUGGUUCCGACCUGGAGCACGAGUCUGAAGGAGGACGAACACCGUUAAUGAAAGCUUGUCGUGCUGGCCACCAGUGCACAGUGAAGUUUCUGAUCCAGAAAGGAGCUGAUGUGAACAGGCAAAGCACAAACAAUGAUCAUACUCCCCUCUCACUGGCUUCAGCUGGGGGGCAUUUGGCCGUUGUCCAGCUUCUCCUACAGCACAAUGCUGAUCCGUUCCACAAGUUGAAAGACAAUUCAACAAUGCUCAUUGAGGCUGCCAAGGGGGGCCAUACUAAGGUGGUUCAACUGCUGCUUGACUAUCCCCAUUCAAUUAUGAUGGGUGGUCAACAAGCGCAAUCACCUCAAGCUGGCACCACCACUCCGCAACCCCCAACUCAGCUGCAGACUCAGUCACAGCCCGGAACCCAUUCCCAGCCCCAAUCUCAACCCCAACCAUCGACAUUGGUUCAAGCUCAAACUCAAACACAGCCUUCCUGCCACCCUGCCUCACCGGAACAAGUUCAGCAGGCUCAAUUGCACCACCAACGGCAUGCGGUUCAGCAGGCUGGCCUUAUUGCUGUGCCAGAUGCUGUGCAGGCACUCCCCCAGGAGGAAGUGAGCCCUGCUCCUGUUCUCAACGUCAGUUCAUCCUCCAAGACCAGCCAUCCAACCUGUUCUGAUCCCUCUGUUUCACCGCUUGUAGCUGGCGGUUCCCCUGAAGCGCCAGACUUUUCGAAGAAAUCUGUGCUCCGGAAAAACCGAGCUGCAGCAGCUGCUGAAGGCAAUGUCUUAACGUCAGCAGAAGCUCAGCAGACAAAGAAUGUCCCCCCAGGAGAGGGAGGAGCAGCGCUCUCUAAAGAAGAGAGCAACAUCUUGGAUAAAGGUAGCACUGAGCAGCUUCUCCGUCAACAAAUCUACGCCGAUUUGCAGCGAGUUGAGGAGGAGCAGGAAAAGCAAGUCCAUCUUGCUGCUUUUGAUGCAGGGUUUGCAGCAGGAGCAGCUGCUGCAGAGGCUUCUUCUAAUGUGUUAAGUUUAGCAACCUCGUUCUCAGCGACCCCUCCUGAGCCUCAGCCCUCUUUAUCCACCCGAAAGGGGGCUGGUAGUUCACAAGGGAGUACGUCUGGUACGUCAUUGCCCACCAACCAACUGCAGGUUCUUCAGCCACAAGCAGAAACCCAAAGUACCUCCUCAUCCACCACCACUCCAGCCACCAGCAACCCGGCAGCUAUUUACCUUCCACCACCACCAUCAACGCCUCCUCAAACUGUUACUACUUCUGCUGAAGUCAACCAGUCAACAGCAAUCAGUGAUCGUCCUAAAGCUAAGCCAGCAACCAAGAAAGAAACAAAGCUUCGAAAGCAGCAAAUUGUGCAUGCCGUCACCCAGGAACUUGCAUUUCAAGCUGCCCAGAUGGCUCAGAUGGGGCAGAACUCAAGGAUUUGUGCCGCAACUGCCGCUGCUGCUGUGAACUUAGCUCAGAUUAACAAUCAACAACAACUAGAGCAGCGGGUUCAAACCCUUGAUCAGGAGGCCCUUCAACGCCACCAGCAACUCCAUCUCCACCACCAACUUCCGCCAGGAGGCCCCGUAGACCCUGCUGCUGUUGACAAAGUAGCGGCUGGUGGCAUUCUGACACCAAAUCAGUUGAUUGCCCACCUGCAGCAACUGGACCCAUCAAUUACUGCAGCCACCCCGCAGCAAUUGCACCAUCAUGUUCACCAAGUCUUGCAUCAAAAGCCCAACUUAAGAACUUUGCAGCAGAUGCUUCCUGGAGGACCUGAUGACCUUGCCGAACUUCUCUCUGAGCAAGUUGACCAGGGCACUCUGGAUCGGGAGAAUCUUGCUAGUGCUGUUGUGGAUUCCCUAGAGGCCCUGCAGGCCCUUGCCUUGGACGAUAUUACUGUCACAACUGAUACUGAAGAACAUUUCCAACCUUAUGGCCCAACACCCUCUCUAGGAGAGGCGAUUUCUGCCAUGGCGGCAGCACAGGUCCAGGGGGACUUGAGUCAUGUAGAGUACUACGCUGUGCCAGCCACUGGUGCCCAGCACCCUGCUCUGCAGGUGAGGGACACGGAAGGCGAUGAGCAACUUCAGUAUCAGCAAUAUCAGUUAACUACUGGGAAUGCUCCCUGUAGCUUGGAAGUUAUAGCAAAUGCUACCAACGCUCAGAUCCUAGCAAACCGAGCUGCAGCCACUGCUGGAGCUGCUUCAACAACAUCAAGCACCAUACCUACUGCUUUCCAGCCUCAGCUGUUACUGCCAAGUCCUCAACUUGCCUCUCCCUCCUCAGACUCCUCCACUCCGACCCUGCCUGUGCCUGCAUCGUCUGCUGCUGUAGCCACGCAAGCCGAAUCUAUACCUGUACCUCCCCCUCUUCCCACUCCUGCGUCCAAAUCCUCAUCAACAGCAGCUCCCCCAUCAAGUGCCGCCACCGCCGCAACUGCAGCCGUUCAGACAAGUACGCCCACUGCCUGUACGCAGCCUCACCACCACCACGGUACACCAUGCAGUAGCCAUCAAGUGCAAGCAUCCACCCAAACCACCAAUGCAGGUGUAACAGCACCCCUUUCCUCAGAGAAAAAGGUUUUGACCGUAUCUCAGACUAAUGCUGGGACUAAAGGAAGAAAAGCCAGAUAUCAGGUGCAGGCUCGACAGCAGCAGGCAUCUCAGCUACAACCUUUACAACAGUCUGCUUCUGCUCAACAGCAGGGUGUAGCCCACCACGAUGCUAACACAGCUGCUGGACAGUAUACUACUCCAUGUGCACAAGCCCCUGUCUCAUCUCUUAAUGUGGACAGUGAGACUGAAAGUAACCAUGAUACAGCAUUAACUCUUGCCUGUGCUGGAGGCCAUGAUGAACUUGUUGAGUUGCUGCUCUCUCGCGGCUCUGACAUAGAGCAUCGUGAUAAAAAGGGUUUUACCCCUCUCAUCCUCGCUGCCACUGCUGGUCACCACAAAGUUGUUGAGAUCCUCCUUGACCAUGGUGCUGAUAUUGAAGCCCAAUCCGAGCGUACUAAAGACACACCCUUGUCAUUGGCUUGUUCUGGAGGCCGAUAUGAGGUUGUUGACCUCCUCCUUCAGCGAGGAGCUAACAAAGAGCACCGAAAUGUAUCAGACUAUACCCCACUAUCUCUGGCAGCAUCAGGAGGCUAUGUCAACAUUAUCAAACUCCUCCUGGCUCAUGGAGCUGAGAUCAACUCCAGAACCGGCAGCAAGUUGGGUAUUUCCCCUCUUAUGUUAGCAGCUAUGAAUGGUCAUACUGCAGCUGUCAAACUGCUCCUAGAUAUGGGAAGUGACAUAAACGCACAAAUUGAGACUAACCGAAACACAGCACUUACCUUAGCUUGUUUCCAAGGAAGGCAUGAGGUUGUAAGCUUGUUAUUGGAUCGUAAAGCUAAUGUGGAGCAUCGAGCUAAGACUGGUCUUACACCCUUAAUGGAAGCUGCCAGUGGUGGAUAUGUAGAAGUUGGACGGGUCCUGCUUGACAAAGGGGCUGAUGUUAAUGCCCCUCCUGUCCCUUCUUCUCGAGACACUGGUCUUACCAUAGCUGCAGACAAAGGACACUGCCGAUUUGUGGAACUGCUUCUGACUCGUGGUGCCCAAGUUGAAGUAAAAAACAAGAAGGGCAACUCCCCACUUUGGCUUGCUGCCAAUGGUGGACACUUAAAUGUGGUUGAACUACUCUUCAAUGCUGGAGCUGACAUUGAUUCCCAGGAUAAUAGAAAGGUUUCUUGCCUUAUGUCUGCAUUCCGAAAAGGUCAUAUUAAAGUAGUUAAGUGGAUGGUACAUCAUGUAAUGCAAUUCCCAAGUGACCAGGAAAUGACAAGAUAUGUAGCAACCAUCAGUGACAAAGAGUUACUAGAUAAGUGUCAAGACUGCAUCAAAAUCAUACGCGCUGCCAAGGACCAACAAGCAGCUAAAGCAAACAAGAAUGCAAGUAUCUUACUGGAAGAACUUGAUCAGGAGAAAACCCGAGAAGAAACCAAACGGCUUGCUGCGCAGAGGCGCAGAGAUCGUAAAAAGAAGAAGAAACAAGAGAAAAGGAAGCAAUUGAGCUCAUCAAACGAAAAUGAUGAUGAUGACAAUGAUGACAAAGAUGAAGAAAGUGACAAAGAAUUCAGUGGAAGUGAAACUUGCAAUGCACCUGAAGAAUCCCCUGACAGGGUUGCACCAGUAGCCACUGAAACUGUUGAUAAAGAGGAAGGGGACAGUGGUAUUGAUGCCAACAGCCAAGGCUCUUGUAGUUCUAGUGAUGUAAAAUCCAAGGAUAGGCGGAAGGACAAGAAAAAGAAAACAACAAAUGGAAGAAGUAAUUUAAGUAUCAACCUUAAGUCUGAGAAAGAGAAUAGUCCACCUGACACAACGCCUGCUAAUAGCAGAGUUGCCCCACCACCAACUGUCAACUCAAGGUUCCCAGAAGAACGAACUGUUGAAAGACGUACUGCCAUUCCCUCCACUGCCUCUACCACCAUUACAUCAACAACUACUACUGCAACCUCCCGAUCAAUUCAGGAAAGGCAGGAAAGAAAGUUGAAAUCUGAAAACAAAGCACCAAACCCUGUAUAUUCUCUGCAUGCAUAUGAGACAACUUCAAGGCACCCUGCAGAAAGGGAAGACUUUGAAGCCACUGGAAAUGAGACUUACACUCCAGUUUCCAAAACCAAGAAAGUUUCUCAGUUGUACAACUGUGGUGACGUUGGCAGAUAUGAAAGUGAAACGACCAUCGUCGGCAAAGCAGCCUCCUCCACCAGUCCCAAGCAAGGGGGAAAGCGGGAGGAAGGUUGGAAGGAGGUUGUCAGGAAAUAUUCGCCUUCGGUUCCAAAUACUUAUCCACAGAAUUCCUCUUCCCACUUCAGGUCAAAGAAGGUAUCUGUGCCACUAAAUGCCAUUAGCAGAGUCAUUGGCCGUGGUGGAAGCAAUAUCAAUGCUAUACGUGCUGCAACCGGAGCCCAAAUUGAAGUUGAAAAGCAGUGCAAGGGACAAGGCGAAAGAAUUAUCACAAUCAAGGGUUGUGCUGAUGCUACACGCCAAGCUCACAUGCUCAUAGCCACUCUCAUCAAAGAUCCUGAUGUGGAUAUCAUGGGAAUGCUUCCUAAGCCCAUCAAAUCUGGAGCAACUGUGGGGCAAUGGGAAAAGCCUGCUCCCACUGCUUUGAAGGUAAAACCAGCAAGUACUCCAGUUAGUGUGAAGCCAGCUGCUGUACCCACUGUUGCACCUACACCCCUUUUGGGAUCUACACCAAGUUUGACCAAGAUUGUGCCUUCACCUGGUGCCAACUCUCUGCUGCCUGCCUUGCGGUCUGCGGCUGUUUGCAAGCUCAUGUCGUCAUACUCUCCCCCGGUGACUCGCGGUACCGCACCACGUCUCGUGGCUGCAGCGGAGAAGCGAGCCGCCAUUCUGGCUGCCGCCAACACCAAGACCACCAUGUCCUACACCUCGGCCAUCAUGACCUCGGGCCGCAACGCGGGCAAGGGCCACGCGCCCUUGGCCACGCAGACGUUCGCCGCCAAGCUGAGCGAACCGACGACGGGGGUGGUGGCGCCCGCCUCGAGUGCAUCGAGCGCCGUGCCCACCAAGAGCAGGCAGCCGCCGACGCAGCCACCGGCCACCGCACCCGCCACUCCUUUGGUAUCCACCGUGCCUUCCCCGAAGCACCACCGCCCGCCGCCCAUAUCGUCGGCGCCUCCCAACAUGACGACGCACUUGAGGAGCUCUUUGGCGCACACGUCGGUCAACUCGACGGCGGCGGCGCCGGGCGCGGCAGUGACCCUCGCCAACUCGGCGCGAAGCAGCAGCCCUGCGCACGCCGCGCACGCCCAGCCAAUGGCGCCGGCCUCCAACGAGCUGGACACCGCGACCAGCAGCACGGCCACGCCGCUGACGUACUCCCUCUUCAACUCCGACAAGACCAUGUGGAGCCGCGACAGCGACGGCAACUCGACGCAGAAGGGCAUGAACUUCGCCAGCGUGGCCGCGGCGGGCUCUGCUUCCGCCAACGCGUCGCACGCGUCGCUGCCGCCGACCCAGUACCUCGACUCGACGCCGCCGCAGGUGGACAUCUCGAAAGCGCCGGGCUACCGCAAGAACACGACGUGCUCGCCCACCAGCGUGUCGUCCAAGCCCUGCAGCACCGCCAGCUCGCCGCCAUCGCUGGGCCCCGCGGAGGCCGGGACCCUCGGCAGCGCCAACGCCAUGCCGUCGCCGGUCAAGCCGCCCAACCUGCUGGCUCUGAGCCGGCCCGGCGCGCACCCGCACGCCCACCAGCACGCCCACCCGCACGUCAACACGGACAUGCCGCCGACCUCGGCCGGCCAGGGUCAGGGCCAGAGCGGGCCCCAGGGCCAGCCGUCACCCAUCAUGCGGCACGGCCACGCCGGCCACGCGCCGCACGGCCACGCCGGCCAUGGCCUCGGCCACGGGCCCAACCUGGAGAUCCAGCCGCCAGACCUCGGCCUGUCCGUGGGUCACGGCCGUCAACCGGAGAUGCAGCCAUCGCCGAACAGCGGGCUGGCGGUGCAGCGCCCCAACAAGGACCAGCAAGGCCCGCUCGGUCCGCACGCCGCACACAACCAGCUUGGACACGGCCAGCACGGCCCUCAGGGCCAGCAGCCCUUGGCGUCGCCGUCGCAGCACAUUCCGCUGCCCCACCGGCAGUCCUCGCCGCCCCACGGACAGCUGCAGAUGCCGCCCACGCCCAUGGGCAGCGCGCUCACGGUGCAGAGGCCCUCCAUGCAGGACAUGCAGCACUCGCCCAGCCGCAGCAACUCGUCCGUGGACAUGCAGGCCAUGUCGCCGUCGCCGCAGGCCAACGCGCACCAGGCGCAGCAGCAGGCCCAGCAAGGGCAGCAGGCGCCGCAGGGGCCGCCCCCCAACACCAGCAUCCCCCCGCCGGGCCACGGCCAGGGCCACGGCCACGGCAUGGGGCCCAGUCACGGCCACGGGCCGCACGGCCCCCACGGCCACCACGGCCCGCCCGGCCACAACCACAUGAUGCGGCCCAUGAGCAUGGAGAUCCCGCACAACUCGUCCCUGAACCACAACAUGGUGGUGCGGCCCAACAGCAUGGUGGACGUGUCCCAGAACCCCAGCCAACCCCAGCCCCCCGGCCCCGGCCAGUCCGGCCAGCCCCAGAGGUUAGAUCUAGGUCCUUCAGACUACGGCGUUCGUUCGCACGCCCCCGUGUUUCCGGACGACAACUCGGGCCUCUAUAGCAAUUCCGGCCCUGACGCGUUGCUGGGCAUGGUCCCCGGCAUGACUGACAUGCUCAACACUGCCGUGAGCAUGUCACGCCUCAACCCGCGCGCUCCUGACUUCUCUAGCGCCAUGCACCACACCAACAAGCCCCCUCCCCACCCUCCUAUGUUCCAGUCUGCUCCUCCGUACCUCCCUCCCACCAUGCUUGGCCCUCCCGGUCCCCUCCCCAACAAGUUCCACCCUCCGCGGCCCGCUCCCGGACACGGGCCGGGGCCUAGCCAUGGGCCUGGACACGGGCCGGGGCAGGGGCCAGCUGGGCACGGGCCCGGACACGGGCCUGGCAGCUCGCACAACCGCUGGCCCUUCAUGCCUCACGGCCACCACGGCUACCAGCCUGACGCGGCCAACUUCAACGUGCUGGGCUCGCUCAAUCACCCCUCCUCGGACAUGAUGCCCCCCAUGGCGGAGAACGGCAACUCGCCGCCGUCGCCGAACCACGGCCACGGUCAUGGCCACGGCCCGGGCGGGGCUGGCGGGGCCCUGGACACCCCCAUGAAGGCGCCGCCGCGACCCAUCGGCACCGAGCGGCACCUCAAGCACCACUCGAUGGGCGGGGACACGGUGACGGGCGCGGACUGGCUGCUGGGCCUGCCCAACGUGAACCAGCCCCACCAGGCGCACCAGGGCCAGGCGCACGGCCAGGCACACGGCCAGGCCGACCACAAGAUGUCCUGGGCAGGACCGCAGAUGUUCCGCUCCAAUCCGCCGCCCUACGACCUGCCGCCUAUGGACACGUUUCCGCUGGGCAUGGACAACCAGUUCCACAACGGAGGCAACACCGCGGCCGCGGCGGCCGCUGCGCUGCUGCACCACUCCCACUCCAUCCCCAUGAUGAACCCCAACCCCUACAGCUCGGGCGGCGCCGGCGCGUUCGGCGCGGACCUCGGCCACGACGCCAUGAAGAUGGACGCCUCGAGCUGGGACGGCCCCAACAGGCUGGGCAUGCCCGAACUGAACGACAAACAACACGGAUGGACGAACAAGUGGAGCCAUUAGUAGUUCAAGGUGUCUACGUUCUUGGGAUUUUGUUAUGAAGAAAUAGCGCAAGGAUACUGAACCAAUAGAAUUCCGACGUGUUUUCUUUAUGAUUUUGUUCUAGAAUGGCUUUUUAUUUCUGUGGUAGUGUUGGUUUUUCCGCUGCUUGAAGAAAUGUCAGUUUGGUAGUGAGCCACAUUCAGACCAUGUGAAUUUCUCCUUCUGCACUUGAUUCUGUGCAGAUCCUUAAUGCAGUGAAUCUGAUGUCAACUGUGCGGUUGGCACGUACUCUUUACCUAAGACUUGGAUUAAGUACCCUAUUUGGCAUGAUGAAACCCUGAGAGGUGUUUGGAUCCAAGGUUGAACACGAAAGCAUUGUGCGUCUCAACUUUCUCUUAAUAUUGCCGGUGUCUUUCUGGGUUUGAUUGUAUGCUUGUACUUCUACUAGUACCAUAAGUAUAUUUACAGUGCAGUGACUGCAGGUUUCAAUCUUUCAUUCAUAUCUUGUAGUCAUGUCAGUAAUACUUUCCUUUUAUUUUCCCAUUAGUGAUGGGAACUGUUGGUCCUCAGUUUGUAAUGUAUCCCAGGAACUUUUUUAAAAAUGUAUGUUCUACAAAUGUAGCUUUGAGAGAGAAGUGUGGAGGUAUUUAGGCAUAUUAUUAUGCUGUAGUUGAUCACUGCAGUACAGUUGGGCGACAUAAGGUCAGGGUUAAUGGUGAAAUGAAUUUGUUAACCAGAUUGAUCAUACAAUCUUUGGUUCAUUUUUCAAUUUGUAUUUUGAUGAUGUUUGUUUAUUGCAAUGCCAUAAAGGAUCAAUAAUCUCUUGUGGCUUUAUGUAGCAAACCAAUAUUAAGACGUUGCUGGUGGUGAUGUUAGUGGAGUAGAAGUGUGACGGGUGGCAUACUUCUAUUCUUUAUAUUGUACAGAUGCUCUUUUGAGCUAUAGUUAAUGGCUGCACGUCAGCCAGUCCAGAGCGAUGAAUGCAGUAAAGAAAUGUUAUAUUGCUUGUACAUGAAGACUAAAAUAAAUCUUUAUGCACUGUG